AGGUGGCCCAGCUAAAAUCUAAGGCUGACCGACUUUGAUAAUCAGGGUAAGAUAAAGGAAAGAGGACGUGUAAGAGUAAGACUGCAAGAGAGAGAAAGAGGGAGAGAGAUGAAAUAUUCUCUUUAGCUUUCAUGGCUUUUGGUGUCUUCUUUUGAAAUCAAACAAGGGUGAACCAGAUCUAUAAUCGGAGAGUCAAGGUUUUCUUGAAUUCAGAUGCAAAUGAUGUCUGGCGAUAUGUUCUCCAUCCCCUCUUCCAUCAGAACCUUUGCUCAAGACCCAGAUGCAAACCCUAAUAAUCUUAAACCUCCGCCCAAGAAGAAGAGAAAUCUACCUGGAACCCCAGAUCCAGAUGCGGAGGUUAUUGCUCUUUCACCAAAGACUCUCAUGGCCACCAAUCGAUUCAUAUGUGAAAUCUGCAAUAAAGGGUUUCAGAGAGACCAGAACCUGCAACUGCACCGAAGAGGACACAAUCUUCCAUGGAAGCUCAAGCAAAGGUCGAACAAAGAGGUUCGAAAGAAGGUUUACAUCUGCCCCGAGAAGACCUGCGUUCACCACGACCCCUCCAGAGCCCUCGGCGACCUUACUGGGAUAAAAAAACAUUUCAGUAGAAAACAUGGCGAGAAGAAGUGGAAGUGCGAGAAGUGUUCUAAGAAAUACGCAGUUCAAUCUGACUGGAAAGCUCACUCGAAAACUUGCGGAACCAGGGAGUACAAAUGUGACUGUGGAACACUCUUUUCCAGGAAAGAUAGCUUCAUUACGCAUAGGGCUUUCUGUGAUGCCUUGGCUGAAGAGCGUGCUAGAAUCACUUCUGUUGCAGCCACCAAUCUAAAUUUCAGAAACGAUUCCAUGAAUGAGACGGUGAUUAAUCCUCAACCCGGUUUGUUGAAUGGAUUUUCCGGACGGGGAGGUCCAGAUGCGGCCGGAAUUUCUCAAUUUUGCCCAGGUUUUGGACCAGAUUUAACAGGUUUGCCUGAGAUGGUGCAAGUGGCAGCAUCAAAUCUGUUUGGCUCCUCUUCUGUAGGUAAUUUCGGAAGCUGCAACGAGUCCCCUUGGCUGGACAAGAGUUCUGCAACGUCAAAUGGUGCAAAUCUCUCACUGGCAUCUCUCCCACAUGCUUUAAAGGAAGAAGAAGGGAACAAAGGAAGCAUGGUGGAAACCCUAACUUCUCUCUAUUCCGGUAACCACAGCCAGCAGUCAAGUCCCGCAGCUCCCAUGUCAGCCACUGCUCUCUUGCAGAAAGCUGCUCAGAUGGGUUCCACAAGAAGCAACCCAUCCUUCUUCGGUAACAGCUUUGGAGUGAUGAACUCAUCUGGUUCCCAUUCAACCACCCUCAAUACUCUCACUCACAAUAGAAACGAGCUGCACCAAGUUUUCGGGACGGGUAAACAACAUGAGAAUUUAAUGGCGACUGCCUCAUUGAGUGAAGGCGUACUGGCGGGUUCAGGCUUGAGCUCAUUGACAAGUACCUCAAACAAUCUUGCUCAGAUGAUGAUGCAGACAAGUGGAAAACAAACCGAACCAGUUCCAUUGAAGCUUCAUCUAGGCUCAAACAGUGUGGAAAAUAGCCUCACCAGGGAUUUCCUGGGGAUGGGAGGAGGUGAAUCAGGUCGUCCAUUCUUGCCCCAAGAGCUAGCCAAAUUUGCUUCAAUGGGCUCAGCCAUGGGGUUGAGCCAUUUCACCAGCAACCAUUGAAAUUCUUGUUCUACACCAUGUCCCAAUUUGUAAAAAAUAUCACAAACAUGGGUCCAAACUAAACCACAGAAUAUCCAGUUUGGACCGAGUUGGACUCGGUGGAAAACAAGGUUUCCGUUUCAACUCAGGAAGAAGCUCAGAGAGAUAGACAGAAAAGGGCCUUGAGAGAAGCCGAAGCUGGUGGGGGGUCCAGUCCACUGCAUGUCGGAAGUGACAUAACAAAAAAGUGAGCCUGGACUCAUGCAUGUCCUCGUUGUUGUUGAUGUUUUUUCUCUUCUCAUUUUCUCUUGUAUUUUCUUCUCUUUCUUUUUCCACUAAAAAAAAGUCUUUGUUUC